AUGCCCAAAGCCACAGGGGCUGCCGCUACACUCUUCGACGCCUCUUGCAUUGCAUCAUCAUCUCUAUCUCUCCUCCACGAAGUCCCCGCACUUAUCAGCGCCACUCCUCUUGAAUCUCUCGCGUUCAUGGCAGCCCUUGUGGGGCAAGGAACGAGAAGUACCAACCUUAUUAUUGGCGAGCACUAUUUCAACGCUGCUGGAGACCCAGUUUUCGAUAUGCGACUGAGUGGCUCCAAUUCCUGGGCUGCUACGAGUAAAAUAGCCUCUACUUCAGCGCCAAAGUUAAAAUCGGGAUCCUCUGGUGAUGUUCCGUGGCUGAAGUUAGGAUACAAGAAGGGAAAUGACAUUCGGGAAGUUUACCGAGUUGUGACAUCCCAAGGUGACCCGCCAUCUACGUGCUCUGGUCAAGAUGCAGCGAUUCAGGUUGAUUAUGCCGCAGAAUAUUGGUUUUAUGGGUGA